AUGAACAUUAUAACUUCCGAAGAGCAAGAACAAGUCAUUGCUGUGGGAACAAAGAGUUCGCAAGAGUUUGCUAUGUUAAGCCAUAGAAACCGAGCAAAGCAGCCAGGCCGAGACAGCGAUAGCAACCAGGAAGAACUGGGAUAUGAUAAGUCUUCCAGGAACCCAACCCAGGCAAAUGCAAAGGCAGAUAGGGGCACUUCGCAGCCUCCAUUUGGGCUAUCAUGGCCACAAGCAGCUCAAGUUCUUAGGCUCUUCCAUGAAGAGUUCACCUCCCAGUUCCCCUUCGUGACAGUCGAGAGUCAUCACACUGCAGAAUCACUGCACCAAAGCAGUCCAUUUCUAUUUCGUGCUAUCAUGAUUGUCGCGGCGCCAUUAUCUGAAGCCGAGGUGGCCAAAGCGAGACGCAACAUACUCGCAUAUCUGAGCUUCAGAGUAAUGGUCGAAGAAGACACGGCCUUGGACAUACUACAGGGCGUACUGGUGAUUGCUGCUUGGGCUCACAGAUGUCACAUCGACAAUAGUCAGGUCAUCAACCUGGCGUAUCUUGCUCUUGGCUAUGCACAUAACCUGGGUAUCACACAAGACAUGUCAUCGGCUCAAACAAUCAGCUCAGGAACAUCUGACAAGGAACAAACGACACACCUCUUGGAGGAAAUACGGGCUCUUCUUGGGCUUUAUUGCGUUCUCUCAAUUAUCUCAACGAGACAAUCGCGAAGAAAUCCUCUCGACAUACCCAACAUGGAAACUUAUCUCAAGAUUGUCUCCCAAGCACAGGCAACCCCAUCUGAUCGUUCAAUAGAGUAUGUCGUUCGGUUCGUUCAGAUGGGCGAAAGACUUUCAAGAAGCUUUGGCGAGCCACAUGAGCGUACGCUGUUUAGCCCAUAUGCUGUCCUUCUCGAAGGAACUGGAAGUCGUUUUCGCAACGACCUGAGUCGUCUAGCAGAGUCAGUCCCUAAUGGCAAUGUUGAAACAUACGGCCAAGCGUUUGAGCUUUACCGUUUGUAUCUUCUAGUGCGUCUCUUUGAGCCAGCAAUUAUCGUGGCAUGCCACCCUGAUGAGGGCGUUCCUCAAUUCGUCUAUCUUCUGACAUGCUUAAGCAACUGCCUUGACGCAAUGCAGUCUUUUUUCGACAUUCUUCUUGCCUCGCCCGUUGAUCUGCUAUUGCGCCGUUCAAUACUUACACACGAUCAAAUUCUCUAUGUCAUGUUACAAGCUGCAAAGCUACUUCUCGUUGAGAUUCCUGACUGGGAUACUCAGUCUAUUCGACAGACGUUGGAUCUCACCAACAUACUAGAUCAAAUGGUAUCAUGUUAUGAAGAAGCCACACGGUUGCGCAGGGCAGAGGUGAAACGAUUUGUCUUUUCAACACUUGAGGAAGAGUCCCCGAACGAGAUGGCUAGACUCUUGGAAGAGAUGCCAUGGGAGAUCUGA